AUGAUCUCCCGAACGUUAGCCCUGCUUGUCGGGGCGUUCGCCUCCGUCCAUGUCGUCUAUUCACAAUCGAGAUCUCAACUGUCGGUGAUCGCCGAUUUGGGUAAACUGAUCGUCGACAACUGCCCGCCAAUGUUGUGCACCGGACUCGACUGCGCGGUGGUCACCGAGAGAAAUGGAUGUCAGUUGUGCGCUUGUCCAAUCGGUUCGCCGGCUCGCGGCUGUGAUCCGAUGCCAUUCAUUUUGUGGCACGAUCUGAUCGUUAAUGGAUGCCCGAAUGUGACACUAAAUUCCAGGGAUCCGGCUCAAAAAGUGCAUCGGUGGUUCAGACGGGUGAAUCGUUUCUCGAACACGGAUCAAUGUGAACCGUAUAUUUUCCCCUAUUGUCCCGAGCUUGAUUUUAACCUCUGGCGAUCGCCGCGGACGAAACAGGAAUGUGAGCUUUACUGUUAUUCGGUCGAUGAGCAAAGAAAACGUGGGAUCAUC